AUGGGGGCCCCUUGCGGCCCCGUCGCCGCCACCUGCGGCCCCGUCGCUGUCACCUGCGGCCCCGUCGCUGCCACCUGCGGCCCCGUCGCCGCCACCCGCGGCCCCGUCGCCGCCACCUGCGGCCCCGUCACCACCACCUGCGGCCCCGUCGCCGCCACCUGCGGACCCGUCGCCGCCACCCGUGGCCCCGUCGCCGCCACCUGCGGACCCGUCGCCACCACCUGCGGCCCCGUCGCCGCCACAUGCGGCCACGCAGCCGCCACCUGUGGCCCCGCCGCCACCUGCGGCUCCGUCGCCGCCACCUGCGGCCGCGUCGCCGCCACCUACGGCCCCGUCGCCGUCACCUGCGGCCCCGUCGCCCUCCCCUAG